CUGAGUCUAAUUAAAACCAUAUUGAGAAAAACGUAAAUACGACCCAAGUUCCUCCCUCGGUCUUCUGCUGCAAGAGAGCGUGGACUCGGUACGAGCGGUUUCAAGGGACCAGUGCUGACCGAAGAUCUUCUGUGGAAAGUUGCAGUUCAUUUUGUAAAGUUUAUAUAUCACUAGACUAUAUUUGUAAAUAACGCAACAAUGGCUGGUUUGAAGUACAUGAGCGGUUUUGGCAAUGAGUUUGCCUCCGAGGACCCUCGCUGUCCAGGAUCUCUACCUGAGGGACAGAACAAUCCACAAGUGUGUCCAUAUGGCCUAUAUGCUGAGCAACUCUCUGGUUCUGCCUUUACUUGCCCACGGUCGACCAAUAAGAGAAGCUGGCUGUACCGCAUUUUACCCUCUGUGCGCCACAAGCCUUUCACUCCGAUGAGCUGUGGAGAUCUCACAGAGAACUGGAAUGACGUAGAGCCCGACCCCAACCAGCUACGAUGGAAGCCGUUUAACAUCCCCAAAUCUUCUGAGAUAAAAGUGGAUUUCAUAUCGGGUCUACACACAGUCUGUGGAGCUGGAGAUUCAAAAUCUCGGAAUGGAAUCACCAUCCACAUGUAUACCUGCAACACUUCAAUGACUGACAAAUGUUUCCAAAAUGCAGAUGGUGAUUUCCUUAUUGUGCCCCAACAAGGUGAAAUCCUGAUUACUACAGAAUUUGGGAAAAUGAUGGUGGAGCCCAAUGAGAUUUGUGUCAUUCAGCAAGGGAUGCGUUUUAGUGUUGAUGUGUUUGGAGAAACCAGGGGGUACAUUCUAGAGGUGUUUGGGGCCCACUUUGAGCUGCCUGAUCUGGGUCCUAUAGGGGCUAAUGGACUGGCUAACCCUAGGGACUUCCAAACACCUGUGGCUUGGUACGAAGACCGUACUGUAGCCACAGGUUACACCGUUGUCAACAAGUACCAAGGAAAGCUCUUCUCAUGUCAACAGGACUUUUCGCCGUUUAAUGUGGUGGCAUGGCACGGAAACUACACACCCUACAAAUACAACCUGGAAAACUUCAUGGUCAUCAACUGUGUGGCGUUUGAUCACGCAGAUCCGUCGAUUUUCACCGUUUUGACAGCCAAAUCCACACGUCCAGGUGUGGCCAUUGCAGAUUUUGUCAUCUUUCCUCCUCGUUGGGGUGUAGCUGAUCACACCUUUCGGCCUCCUUACUACCACAGGAACUGCAUGAGCGAGUUUAUGGGGUUAAUUAAAGGCCACUAUGAAGCAAAGGAAGAGGGUUUCCAGCCUGGAGGAGCCAGUCUCCACAGCAUCAUGACUCCACACGGCCCUGAUGUCGACUGUUUUGAGAAGAACAGCACAGCUAUUCUGAAACCAGAGAGAGUUGCUGAAGGCACUAUGGCAUUCAUGUUUGAGUCAUCCUUCAGCAUGGCUGUGACCAAGUGGGGAUUGGACACCUGCCACCAUCUCGAUAAGAGCUACUAUGAAUGCUGGGAGGCUUUACAAAAUCACUUCAAUCCAAACUGGAAACCCAGCAGCAAGUAGAACAUGGUUACACCUCAACAGUCAUCAUAUUUGUCUGACAUGUGGAUCAGUGAUUCACAAUGGUUUUAUCGCUAGAAUUGAGAGUGAACCAGAGAUGUUCUGUGAUAACAAAAUAAAACAUGCUAUUGGAAUAUAACCAAUAAAACAAAACAGAGUGUUUCUGCAGAUUUUAUAAAGAUACAUUUUAGACAUUAUAAAGACCUUUUUUAAGAAAGAAAAUGUAAGGAACACAGUACAUCAAAAUGUAAAUGUCUAGGGAGCA